CAACGGAUUUGAGACCAGGAGGUUUCAGAUCCUGAUGCGUGCGCCGCGAAGCUAUGUGGUCCUAAAAUUCAUUGAUUCAUAGCUGAAAAUAAUUAUACGAAUGGAUACAAAGUCUGAAAAGGUGGUGCUAGUCCGGGCGUUGUUCUUGCGCAUUCUUGUGAGUUCUUGGCCUAUGACGUUUGCGAGGGUUUUGAGCAACAAAUGCCCGUCCGGCCAUCCCGCGCGCCGUGGCACACUUCAGCCAGACUCGCCAUUAUUGACCACGCGUUCACGGGCUGUGCGGCGCAUAAUCUGGACAACACACUGCCCAGUACAAAUCAAUCCUCUUCAGCGCAAGAGCCGGGGCCUCGGGAUAUAAUGCGUUGACAUGUCACUUACCCUCAACAGUCGCUCACGAGAUCGCUUCACUCUACACCCAAGCCUCGCCCAUCCAACUACCCGUCACGAACGAUAGAGCACACGCCCUUGGACCGCGAUGAUCGUCCAAAUCCAAUUGCAGCACCCUCAUGAACACUACACGAACCUCGACUUCAUCAAUGGGAAGGUGAUUCUCCGCGUCCCGAGAACGGACAAUGUCAGCAGCAUCAUAGUCAAGCUAGAAGGGGAGUCAAGGACCCGCCUGCUGGCGCCGAUAAGGCCGGACAGACCAGAGAGACAGCGGCCGGUAUUGGAAGUCCACAAGUUCCUCUACAGAACGCAGAUCCUGUGGCCUGCGAACACGCGCCAGGAGGAGCUGCUUGCCAAUCCAAAGGCGAGCUACACGAUCAAUGCGGGCAACUAUGAAUACCCCUUCCAAUUCAAGAUACCGUUGAACACUGCCUGUCAGCAGCACAACAGCAUGACGACGAACGUCUCCUUCGCGAACAUGGCCCUCGAAGUGGCCAAAACUCCCACCCAGCACGUCAAGACGACUUUGCCACCGUCACUCAAUGGCUUUCCGGGCGAAGCGGAGAUACGAUACUACGUGAAGGUGACGGUGAAUCGGCCACAGUUCUUCAAGGAGAACCCGCGAGCAAUGGCAAAUUUCACGCUGCUCCCCAUCGAACCGCCGCGCCCACCACAAGCGGAUGGAGAGGCCUAUGCAAGGAGACAACAUCAGUUUUUGGAGAAUGCGCCGGGUGUGGCUGCUAUGGGCAAGAAGAAGGGCUUCUUCGACAGGAAGGACUCUUCAUCCAGCAUCCCCACUUCUCCGUCGCCGUCAAGCAUCACUCCGCGUGUGACGGUGGAUGCGCGUCUGCCGAACCCUGCUGUUCUCACCUGCAACCAGGACAUUCCCCUCAGAAUUCUCGUCAAGAACAUGAGCGAGCGCACCAAGAACGUAUAUAUGCAGAUGCUCCAGAUCGAAUUGAUUGGCUACACCAAAGUGCGCGCGCACGAAGUCAUGCGUACUGAGUCAAACAGUUGGAUAAUAGCUAGCAUGAGCAACAUGGCGAUUCCGAUGGGCUCUCCGGCAGACCCAGUCGGUACGGAGAUUCCUAUCAAUGCAGAAUAUUGGUCUGGGAAGCCGAUCCCGAAUACGGUCGCGCCAACCUUCCAGAUGUGCAACCUCUCGCGCUUCUACGAGCUCGAAGUGCGCGUUGGCUUAGGCUAUGGCUCCUACCAGCACGGCGAAGAUCAGCUCGUUGUCCUGGCUCUCCGCCUGCCAGUCAAAGUCUACUCUGGCAUCGCGCCGCCUAAAGCCCUCCUCGAAGCACAUCUAACGGGCGACACCGGCAAGCUGAACCCUUCGCUAGCUACCAAUCUGAGUCCAGGCCAAGCACCUAUUACACCAACCACUCCAACACAUCAGGGUUUCGCUGGCGCAAAUGCCUUUCCGCCACAAGGCGCGCCUGUUGCCUCGCAUCCGCAGGCUCCGUACGACGAUGCACCACCGAGCUAUGAAGAUGCGAUAGGGCAGGACCUCCCGCCUAUCAAUGGGUAUAGAGGCAGUUAUCAGCCGCCGCCAGUGCCGGAGGGCGCGCCGAGAUUCUCAGACGAGAAGGGACGGUGAGGGGGAGAGGAUCAUCAUUCAAGUUGGGGAUAAAGCGAGGACGCGAAGAAGACGUCGAUACGCGCAGUGUUCGCGCUGGAGCUGGUUGCACGUAAGACGCCGUGAUUAACCGAUUCCGGGCGCAACCCUUCGUGGAGCACUGGGACUUUGGGAUACCCAGGGCAGCGGCAGAGGUGGCAAAAUGCAGCCGUCUACACCCAACCAUUUCCAUACCUAAUAGCUUCUGGAAACACCAGGAUGUGUUUGUUUCCUCGGGGUGAUAAGACGAAACACGGCUUCUUGUUUCAUGUAAUUCGGU